UAUUGUCAGUAGACGAUAGUAGCGUAUUGUUAAAAAUGGCGUCCAUAAACCGAAAGAAAGAUGGAAGUCCAAAUAUAAAAUUUUACGAGUCACAAGAAACAAUAGUACAGUUUGAUGUCGUGCGUCAGUGGCUCCAAAAGAACUGCAAAAAGUACACUCAAGCAGAACCACCGACCAAUAAAGGUUUGGCGAGUCUUGUGGUACAACUGUUACAGUUUCAAGAGGAUGCCUUUGGAAGAAAUGUCAGCAAACCUCCACUAAACAGGCUUCCGAUAAGAUGUUUUAUGGACUUCAGACCUGGAGGUGCUUUAUGUCACAUUCUUGCUGCUGUCUAUAAGUUAAAAGUAGACCAAGGAUGGCGUCGUUUUGAUUUCCAGUCUCCAUCCCGGAUGGAUCGUAAUGUAGAAAUGUUUAUGACAGUUGAAAAGUCUUUGGUUCAAAACAAAUGUCUGUCGUUACCUCACAUCUAUAUUAUGCCAGAAAUAGAUAAGCAGCUUGUUGUUCGACUCAAGGACAUAAUCAAACGUCAUCAAGGAACCAUUGCAGAAAGUCCAGAAGAAAGUACACAUUUAGUGUAUCCUCCAUCCUCUAGUGAGAGUUCAGAAGAGUGGGUUCGUGUGGUACUGAAACGUGAGCGUUGUGCAAUGAUUCAUUGGUGGUAUUACCCAGAUAGCUAUGAUACGUGGGUCACUGGAAUAGAUAUUGAUCAGGAACCCGAGUCUCCUCAGCCACGCUCUGGACCUUAUGAGGUGAAUGCCCGUUGGUUGCUUGACUUAGAUGAAUAUAAUGAAUGGAUGAACGAAGAAGAUUAUGAAGUUGAAAUGGACCUAACAGGAAGAAGACAGACCUUUAGAUCCAGAUACACUUUAGAAGAACUUAUUUCCUCCGAUGGUGAACGGGGAAGAAAAGGAACAAAGAAAAGGAAGCGUUCACCUUCACCUCUGUCUGAUAAACGACGAAGGAAAGGAGGCGGACGUAGUCCUGCUAUUGGCACCAAAAAAAAGUUCCUGCGUGGUGAUGAUGAAUCUGAUGACUUAACUAAAGAUAUGGAAGACCCGUCUCCAGAGCCCAACGUACAAGAAGUUCACUUACCAAAAACUAAUACAAACCCCAGAAGUAACAAAGACAGUGAAAUGCAGCCUGUUAAAGGAGGAACACUUGCUGAUCUUGAUGGAAAUGAGAAUGAAGAUAAAGAGAAUAAAGAAGAUGGAAAGAGAAGUUCUAGACCAGGAACGCCAUCUGGUCAGCACGGAUCAGAAAGAAAACAUGAUGAUGGACAAGAUGAUAGUGUCACAGAACAAACUAAUCACAUUAUCAUUCCUAGUUAUGCUGCGUGGUUUGAUUACAAUAGUAUCCAUGCAAUUGAGAGGAGAGCUCUACCAGAAUUUUUUAAUGGAAAAAACAAAUCUAAAACCCCAGAAGUGUAUAUUGCUUACAGAAAUUUUAUGAUAGACACUUACCGACUAAAUCCAACAGAAUAUGUCACAGUUACUGCUUGUCGUCGUAAUCUGGCUGGUGAUGUUUGUGGAAUCAUGAGAGUGCAUGCUUUCCUGGAGCAGUGGGGACUUAUAAACUAUCAAGUGGAUGCUGAUAGUAGGCCUACUCCCAUGGGUCCUCCAUCAACGUCUCACUUCCACGUUCUGGUAGAUACACCUUCUGGGCUACAACCCAUCAACCCACCUCGAACACAGCAACCAAGUGCAGCUCAGCAAAUGCUGAAUUUGGAUAAAAAUAAAGAAAAUGGUGACACCAAAUCAGAAGAGAAAACAUCAACGCCUCCCAUUGGUGACAGUUUCGGCUUGAGGCUUGACCAAUAUGCAAAGAAAAAUGCGUACAUGAAGAACAAAGCAGCAGCAACCAUAUCCCGAGAAUGGACAGAACAAGAAACUUUGCUCCUGCUGGAAGCUCUGGAGAUGUAUAAGGAUGACUGGAACAAAGUGUGCGAACAUGUUGGGAGUCGUACACAGGACGAGUGUAUCCUCCACUUCCUGAGAUUGCCAAUUGAAGAUCCUUACUUGGAGGAUCCUGUUUGUGGUGGGGGAGCUUUAGGGCCCUUGGCUUACCAACCAAUUCCAUUUUCUAAGGCUGGGAAUCCAAUUAUGUCAACAGUAGCAUUCUUGGCUUCAGUUGUUGACCCUCGCGUAUCCUCGGCAGCAGCUAAGGCUGCCAUGGAGGAAUUUGCAAAGAUUAAAGAUGAAGUCCCAUCAGCUCUCUUGGAUGCUCACAUACGAAACGUUGAGGCGGCUGCUACAGACGGGAAUGCCGACCCAAAAGCUGGACUCUCUGUUACAGGAAUUGCAGGUACUGGUGAGAAAGAAGGAGAAGAUGGAGAAGAGAGAACAGAAAAAGAACAAAAAGAUGAUGUCUCAAGUCGACAGGAAGAUGAACAGAGUCUAGAGUUGAAGCGAGAUAAGUCAGAGCAAGAAAAGACAGAAUCAAUGGAUGUAGAUAAAAGUACAGAAGAGAGUAAUGAUGAGAAAAAAGUAGAGGAGCAUACAAUUACUGAAGAUGGGGAAGAGAGUAAAAGCAGUAUAACAGAGGAUGAUAAGAAAAAAGAAGUUGUGGAGGUCCAAGAUAAAAUACCGGAGACAGACAGGGAUCGUCUGGUUAAGGACUUUCAGCUCUCUACGGCAGCGGCAGCAGCUCUUGGAGCAGCAGCUGUUAAAGCUAAGCACCUAGCCUCAGUUGAAGAGAGGAAGAUCAAAUCCUUAGUGGCACUGUUGGUCGAGACCCAGAUGAAGAAGCUAGAGAUCAAAUUGAGGCACUUCGAGGAGUUGGAAGCCAUAAUGGACAGAGAACGAGAGACCUUGGAGUACCAGCGGCAGCAGCUGAUUCAAGAACGACAGCAGUUUCACAUGGAACAGCUCCGAGCUGCGGAGUUCCGGGCCAGGCAACAGGCUCAUGCCAUGUUAGCCUCACAACAGGGAGGGUCAGCUCAUGGCGACUCUGGCCAUGGGGCUGAAACAGCAAGUACCCUGGCAGGUCAGUUAUCGAGCCAUUUGCGACCCCCCUUUCAGCAUACGCGAUAUGCUUUCGUGUCUCAGACCUCGGCUCCCAGUUCAACCCCUAACAUUCCCCAAGGUCCCCAGCCACCCCAGCAACAAGUACAAGCUCCCACCCCUGCAACUGCCUCCCAACUUGUAGCUCCACCUACUGCUUCCCUUAAUACUACAUCUGCACCACCUUUACUAAACCAACCACCUCCUUUACAUGUCCCUCCUGCAUCUGCCCAACCACCACAACAAACACCAGUUACUUCCCCUAGCCCAAGUAUCCCUCCACAGUCAUCUGCUUCCACUCCAACAAUGUCACCCAAUGUGAGUGCUUCUCAGUACCCCAAUACCAGUGUUCCUCCACAAGGAGUUCCUCAUCCUCCUCAGAUGGCUCCAAAUAUGGCUCCUUCUUAUCAGCUCCAAAGGCCUCAUCCUAUGAAUGUCACUGGCCAUUUCUCGCCCCAUCAUGGCCCUCAACCAGUAUCUGGUCAGCCUUCAUAUCCUCAUGACAUUCCCCAUCAUAUGCCUCCAGGGGGAGGUUAUCGUCAUCCAAUCCCAAGUAACAUACCUCCAGCAUCAGGACCACAUACCCCAGCUAUGCCACCUUUAAGUUCUCCUCAUCCAAAUCCUACUCAACCACACCCACCUCCACCCAUGAGUGGUGACCAGAACUCCGUGACAAGCCCUUUUCCACCAUCGAGCCAGAUGCAAGGGGGUGGAGAUCUAGGAGAUACAAGCUCUUCAGAACAACUACCACCAUCUCCAGCAACCUCCAGCCAAUAACUUCCAGGCUGUUCACCAAGUGGCAAAAGAUCUUCAUAGUUAUAUUUUAAUCUAAGGUUCUUCACAACACGUGCAUUUAAUUUUUUAUGUGACCUGAGAUGCACUAUGUAACUGCAGUAAAAUCAUUAUUUACAACAUGAUCAUGUUUUAUUGUACUGGAAAGAAUUCUUGUUAGAUUUGAUAUCUACUAAAAUCUUGAAUCAUUCCUGUUCAGGGGAGAUUUAUAAACAAAUGUUACUUACAUUUUAACUUGUAUCCGAUUCAGUUGGUCUUAUUUGAUUUUUGUGAACUACCAGUAUUUUCUGUACGCUUCUUACUCAGAAAUUUUGUCUCCAGUUUCAUUUAAUGUAAACUAAAUCAUUUGGGUUUAGAUAUUGUACUAUAGCUGUAUGGAUUUGGUAUUCAUUCUCAGUAACCCAGCUUUGACCUACCUAUUCUGAGGUGAUUUCACUGAAUAUGUCUGGAGUGUAAUGGAGAAAUGAGGGAAGUAUUUACAAACAUGCUUUAAUUGAUUGUAUUAGAUGUUCAGUACUUCACCUUGGCUUACAGAAUACGAAUUAUUUAUUUCAAACUUUGUAUUAUUAAAGUUUCAGAACAGUGGAUGAAUAUAGUACCAUGGUAAGGUUUAUCAUAUCUUAGGUUGAAAAAAACACACAAUUACUUGGUUUCAUUAUGUAUGUUCAUUACUUCAUUCUUAAAAUACGUUUCUUUUUUUGAAGAGGUUAGUGAUAAUACUUUAACAAAAAUUUAAUGUGUCAGAACUUUUACUGUUCUGAACUUGUAUCCAACAUAAUACCAAACUCUUCAGUUGAGGUAGGUGUGUUGUGACUUAGUUCUGUUCGUGUAGUUUCUUUAUUUCUUCAUAAAGAGUGAAUAAAGUAUUUGUAUGAAUUU